UGAAUUGAAGUUUACAAAAUUAGUUUUUUUCCAUCUACCAGUUUUAGUGUCUAAAAGAACAACCGAUCUGAAAUGGACUUGAGUUCGAAGACCCUUGCCCAGACCAUGACCGUGGAGGCCAUAUCGGCUAUCAAGGCCAAGCGCAUGGCCAUGAAAAUGGACCUCGAUGUCGAGGGUAAGCGGAUAAGAACGCUGCAGCGGGAGCAGGAUCGCCAGAAGCACGAAAAGCAGGUGGAGCUUUGCAAGCAGACUAUAAAGCGGGAAAGGCAGUAUCCCACUCGCGAGGAGCAGCUGCUGGGCGGGAAGGAGCUGCCUGGAGUCCUGAAGACCUUGUCCCUCGUCUACGACUUCAAGAGUCGUCGCAUGCUGUCCAAGCCUGAGGACUCUCCGAAAGAAGAACCCGCAGCUCCUCCGCCGCUUGGGGGGACGCAAGAGGUGCCGGUCAAACCGCCGCCCAAGUCCAAGUACAACCGCUAUGGCCAGGAGAGAUUCCUCAGGGGCAAGGAGGAGUUUGGCAUCAACCCGCGGGGAAGCCAUUGGGAAAAGGUCGCAUCAACGGGCUUGAAUCCAGAAUGUUGGAAGACCGAGUCCGAGAAAACAAAUACGGAAAAAGGAAAACUGGAGCUAGCCAAGAACGCCAGCAAGAAGCCCCGCCAGGAUAAGCGGUUAUCCCGUAUGCCCAUCAUCGUGGUUCCGGAAGCUCUGACCAGCCUGGUCACCGUUCACAAUGCCAAGCAGCUUCUUCAGGAGUUGCGCUACGUGUCCGUGGGAGAAGCCCGUCAGUCCCUGGUCCCCAGCCAGCUCGUCGGCGAGGUCACCAUCGAGCACUGCUUUCAGGGCGAACUGGUGAGCUACAGGGUCAUCGACAACGUGACCCGGCUGACCCCAGAGGAGUGGAGGCGGGUGGCCGCCGUGUUCGCCAUGGGACCCCACUGGCAGUUCAAGGGCUGGCCGCAGGGCGGGAACCCCGCCCUCAUCUUCCACCAGGUGUGCGCCUUCCACCUGCACUUCAGGGGCACUACGGUGAGCAAGGAGCUGGCCAACUUGCAGGUGCACCUGCUCGCCCUCUCGCCGCACGAGCGGCACUUGGACUGCGGCAUCCUGACGGAGUUCUGGAACAAACUGGACCACCACAUGGCCGUCCAUCCCCGUCAGUUUGCGUUCAUCAAUCAGAAGUAGGGUGCUCAUUUUCCCCUUGGGCCGCAGAUAUGCGAUAAGCAGGGAAUCAAUAAAUGAAAUUGAAUAAGCCAGAACAAAGGACGAAGAACGAAGGACAAAGACCAAAAGCACACACACAAGGGGCGGUGCUGCGAUAAUAAAAAGCGAGCGGGCGCAUCAGAAAAAUAU